UGUAGAGGAACACGUGUGGUUUUACGGACGUCUGAAGGGUUUGUCAGAAAAAGAGGUCAGAGCUGAGUUAGACACUUUACUGGACGAUGUCGGUCUCCUGCACAAAAGGCAUGAACAGACAAGAAACCUCUCUGGGGGUAUGCAGAGGAAGCUCUCUGUGGCCAUAGCAUUUGUUGGAGGAUCUAAGGUGGUUGUUCUGGACGAACCCACAGCUGGAGUGGAUCCUUACUCCCGCAGAGGAAUCUGGGAUCUUUUACUCAAAUACCGCAAAGACCGGACCAUCAUCUUGUGCACUCACUACAUGGAUGAAGCCGAGCUGUUGGGCGACAGGAUCGCCAUCAUUUCUCAGGGAAAACUCUGCUGCUGUGGAUCACCUCUCUUCCUGAAAUCCCAACUGGGAUCUGGAUAUUACCUCACGGUAGUGAAAAAGGAAGGUCUGGAGGUCGGCACUCCCAGCAACACCAGUAUCUGCACCAGCACCACCACCAGCACCAACAAGCUACCUGCUCUCAAGGACAGUGAGUCAUCUCUGAGUGAAGACACCGGGCUGGGGAGUGAAGACUGCAGCUCCAACCUGGCGAUGUUGCUCUCCUUGGCACAACACCAUAUCCCUGGGGCGAGGCUGGUGGAGGAGUCAGGGCGGGAGGCGGUGAUUAAUCUGCCACAGGAGGCCGCUAAAAACAGUAGCUUGGCCAUUUUUCUGUCUGAACUGGAUCAGAGGCUGAAUGAACUGGGUAUCAGCAGCUAUGGGCUGUCAGACAGCACACUGGAGGAGGUAAAUCCUUUUACAUUUCCAGGCAAGUCAUAUGUCACUGUUUGUUGACCAAAACUGUCCAGCUCCAAAAAAUGAGUCAGUCCCAACUU